AUGGGCUCGUUGCAGGGCGAUCCGAGAGCACUGAAGCUCUCCUGUGCUUCCCAGUCAUACUACAAGAUGCUCAUCCAAUGGGUCGCCGAUGGCAUCCAGGACGAUCCCUACGAUGGGUUCAUCUUCAAAGCGAUGCGGCAAGGGCCGAUGGCCAUCCGACGACCAGCCACGGGCAGGUGGGCAGAGCCUCGUGGUGGCGAGAGAAGGGCGUCUGGCGGGCAAAUCGGUCGCUUCUUGAUCGAAGUUGCUGAUGAGAUCGGAAGACUUCUGAGUCGGCUCAAGCACCACUUCUUCCUCUCCCAGGGAAAUAGCUUCACCACCUCCCUCGACUCGGCCUCCCCCGAGCUCGGCAAGAAACUCAGACACGUCGACGUCUCCCAGCUCCAAAACGAGUUCGGUCUGGCCGUUCGCAAUCCGAGCAGUUGGAGCUCCAGCGACCCCUACAAGGAGAAGGUCAAAGUGACCAUGGCCACCACCUGCUCGACCGAUUGA